AGAGUGAAAUGUCAUGUCAUUUUGUCAUUUUACUACAGCUGUUUGAGGUUAAAUAGUUAUUUGAUUUUAUUGUUCAUUUGUUGACAGAUUGUUAUUGUUAAUUAUUGAUAAGUUAAUAGACGGUUGACAUUGGGGAUAGUGACUAGUCACUAUAAUUUAAUACAUACAAAUAGACAAUUUACAUAAGUAUUGCAAGCAGUGACAAAAUAGUGGUCAUUUAUUCAAUUGAAAUAAUAUUUGUGUAACGAAAUAUGAUUUUUUCCUCGACCCUCAUAUAAAUAAGAUAAAUAUGGGAUGUUGUACAACAAAUUGUCAAAAAUGGACAACAUUUUCUUUGGCUGGAGUAUUUUUAUUACUAGGUAUUUUAAUAGCAGUACUGUGGGAUGGAAUUUUUCAUAAAAUUGUUGAUCAUGAAUUAUCUUUGGCAAAUAAUAAAACCAAAGGAUACAUCAACUGGAAGGAAACUCCGAUUCCUAUGUAUUUGCAAUUUUACCUUUUCAAUUGGACCAAUCCAGAAGAUAUAAGAAAUAUUACAAUUAAACCAAAUUUCAAGGAACAUGGUCCUUACACUUACUAUGAACAUCACAUUCGAGAAAAUAUUACUUUCAAUGACAACGGAACUAUUUCUUUUCAAACUAAGAGACUUUGGAAGUUUUUACCAGAGAAAUCUGUUGGAUCAUUAUCGGACAAUAUAACUACUUUAAAUCCUAUUGUUGUUACUGUUGGAAAUAUGGUCAAAUAUAAACAUUAUCUAGUGAAAAGAGGAGUUAAUUUCUUUCUAAAGGAAAAAAAAGUGACGCUAGCCAUUACUAAGACUGUUGACGAAUUUAUUUUCAAAGGUUAUGAUGAUCCUUUGUUAGAUCUUGUACAUAAACUAAAUAUUAGUGGUGUUAAUGUGCCUUACACCAAAUUUGGAUGGUUUGUGGAGCGGAAUGGUAGUGCAGAAUAUGACGGUAUGUACAAUAUGUACAAUGGAGAGAAUGAUAUUGAAAAAUUGGGAUUGCUAAAUACUUGGAAUUAUAAUAAUACAGUUUCCUUUUUAAAAGGAAACUGUUCAAAAGUUGAGGGAACAACUGGAGAAUUAUGGUAUCCUCCAAGAGACAGAUCCACUAUUAAGUUGUUUUCCUCUGAUCUUUGCAGUUCUGUAGAGUUGAUGAAAGUUGAUAAAUAUACAACUUACGGUAUUGAAGGAGACAAAUAUUGGGGCUCCGAGAAAGUAUUUGACAAUGGUACUACAUAUCCAGAGAUGAAAUGUUUUAUUCCAGAGGGGGUUCAGCUGCCAUCAGGAGUUAGAAACGUUUCAUCAUGCAAGUUUGGGGCUCCCGCUUUUAUCUCUUAUGCUCAUUUUUACAUGGCUGACCCUGUCUACAGAGAAGCUAUAGAUGGAAUGAAACCUAAUAAAGAGAAACACGAUAUGUAUUUUGCAUUAGAACCAUCAACAGGUUUGCCUUUGAGAGUACAGGCAGCAUUUCAGAUAAAUUUGAAAAUGGAUCCUGUAGAAGGCAUAGACAUGCUCACUAAUAUACCAUCAAAAAUGAUGCCUUCGUUUUGGUUCCAACAAACGGCUGACUUAAGUAAAGAUCUAGCCGAUCAAACAAAAUUGUUACUAGUGGCGCCAUCUGCCGGUACUUACACUGGAUAUGGAUUUAUCGGAAUCGGUGUUCUCUUAUUAAUAAUUGGAGGUUUUGUAACUUACAGGAGAGGGUGGAAACAAAGUGAGGAAGAACGGUUAUUAAAUCAACAGUCCUUAUAACAUUAUUCUUUUUCAGCUUCCAAAAUAAACAGUAUGUAAGAAAGAAACUGUGUUGUUUACAGUCAGUAUGUUGCAUGAUUAUAAUGUUAUUUUGUUUCAUGUUUUUCAAUUUUGUGGGUAAGAUAAAAGAUCCUUUUACUCUUUCGAAUAAAAUUAAAAUUGUGUAAAACACCCAAUUUUAAUUUUAUUCCACAUUUGGAAAUAAAUCGUAAUACCAUUAAAUAUUUAAAGAAAAUCUGUAUCAUAUACUAUUUCAAUCAUUUUAUUUGCAUAAUGUUUUGUAAAUAGAUCAAGAAAUCUCAGUAGGCCAUGUACUAAGAAGGUGAACGUAAUAAAUGAUUGCUUUUCUGAAAUGAAAACUGUACCUGUUACAUAGUUCUCACAAAUUAUAAAAUAUGCCAUAAAAUUACAAUGCCGUCUAGUAUAAUAUAUUGCCUGUGAUAUUAAAAAAUAGAGUAAUGCCUGAACUGAAUAAGUUUUUUGGCAUUUAAUUUUUGACGGUCACAAAAUUAAAAUUAGGGCGUUUUUCAAAUCUUAUCGACAGUUGCGCUGGCAGAAACCGGUUUUGCACUAAACCAUUUUUUUAUUUCAUUAAUGACUAAUUCCUACCAGGUCUGUUAGAAAAAUAUCAGACCUUUGGCAGAAGAAAAAAACUGGCAUAUCUAGAACGUUGGAAACCUAAUCACCCUCGAAAUAGUCUCCUUGGGUCUCCACACACUUCUCCCAGCGGUGCUGCCAUUGUUGGAAACAUUCCGAGAAGGCCUCUUUCGGAAUGGAGUUUAGCUCGGCUGUCGUUGCAGCCAUAAUGUCCUCUCUUGUCUAAAAUCGAUUUCCUUUCAAUGGCCUCUUGAGUUUGGGAAACGGCCAGAAGUCGCAGACGGCCAUAUCAGGAGAGUAAGGAGCAUGUCGAACCAUAGGAGUCUGUUUUUUUGCCAAAAAAGUCUCGAUCAAGUGCAAGGAAUGUGCUGGAGCAUUGUUGUGAUUAAUGCGGCAAUUUCUUAUUUAUUGACCACAAAUCCAGUGUCUUGCGCCACACAGCAUCACGUAGGCAUCUGAGGACAUCCCUGUAUUACCCUUUAGUGAUUGUUUGACCCCUGAAGUACGUAAUAGUGGUGUACCACACCAUGGGAGUCGAAGAAAGCAGUCAGUAUCACUUUGACGUUGCUGCGGGCCUUCUUUGGUUUUGGUGAAUAUGGAAUGCUUCCACUGUGACGACCAGUGAUGAUGGUGUUCAUGAAGUUGGGGUCACUGUUUCUGGAAUCCAACAUGUCUUGUGAGACUUCAACACGAAGUUGCUUUUGCCUCGCUGUGAGCAGCUUCGGCACGAAUUUCGCUGCAACUCUCUUCAUGGCCAAAUCUUGGGUCAUAAUGGGAAGAGCCGAAAAAGUGCUGAUGUCCAUCUCUUCCGCAAUUUCUCGGAUAGUCACACGACGGUCCCGCAUCACCACACCAUUCACUUUGGCAAUAACUUCGUCAUUUUGGCAUGUUCAUGGCCGACAAGAGCGUGGCUCACUCUCCACCGAUGUGCGGCCGUCUUUAAACCGAUUGUAAUACUCCUUAAUCUGUGUGAUGCCCAUAGCAUCAUCACCGAAAGCCGUCUGCAUCUUCUGAAUGGUUUCCACUUGGCUGUCGCCCAGUUUCUGGUAAAAUCUGAUGCAUAGCGCUGCUCCAGUCGUUCCGUCAUUUUCCUUGUGAUAAAGAAACCGAGGAGAGCAUUAUACAGUGCCUCACUCAAACGCUGCUUGCCAGCGACUGACACUAUAGACAGACGGGAAAAAAUUCACACAUGCACACAAAGGUUCAAGGUAAGCGGGUUUGAUGCAAAUCCAUCAGGUUUUCAUAAAACAAAAUAAGGUCGGAUACUUUUCUAACAGAACUCGUGUGUUUUUAAUUUCACUGAGUAAUUUACGGUUUCGCUACGAAUUAGUUGCCAGGUCCUCAAGAUGUAUACAUCGGUUUUUGGAAUUUUUGACAGGUAACGGUUGUUGUUGGCUAAAAAUUAUCUUAAUGGAGAAGUUUUUAUUAUUUAGUUAUACUAAAAGGUGAGAUUUUGUUCUUAACAAAUAAAUUAAAAUAUACUAGAAAAUUAGGAUGUCUGUGGUGAAAGCUCAUUUCUAAAUUAACGAUAUUCUAUAGAGAAAAAUAGUUUUGAGAUAUAUGCUAUCUACCGUACUUUCUAAACUCUUUCUAAAGACAUAUGUUAGUAUUAACAUCUGUUAGUAAAAUUAGUGAAGUGAGAAGUCAAAAGGUAAGUCACUAGGCUGCUUCCUGCAGGUGUCUAUGUUCUACAGGUAGAUGUUUCGGAGAAGACUGACAUGCUUGGGAAAGACCUCGGAAUUUUAACGAAAAAAAAUUUGUCCAGCCAUAAAACUUCUUUCUCCUUAUUCUAGAGUUCCCAACAUCUUUUAAAUAAAUAAAAAAAUUGAUUUUCUGAAAAUUAUAGAGUGGUCCUACACCUUAAUUUUGGAAGCAACAUAUUGCAUCAAAAUGAUUUUUUUAGAAUAUGAUACAUUUUCCACAUUGUUAUUUGUUGUUAGUAUCAGUAGAAUCAUGAACUAAAAAAAAAAUUGACAAAGCAGGAACAGAAGGGCACCACCCUGUAGUGGUAUACAGUGCCAUGAAAAGUAAAAACCAUUGACUUGAUUGAGUUCCAACUAUAAUAAUUCGAAAAAUGUUUUGAUUUGAAAUUUUAUUCAUGCAUUGCGUUAACUAUUACAGAAUAUAACUGUUUGUCAGAGUUUGGUACAAAACUUUGGCAAUUGAAUGUAAAUCACUCAUAUCUAUAUUUGUUGACCCUGAUAAAAUAUAUUUUAUGUUAAAGAUACAAUGAUCUAAGGAUAAAAGCAAAAAGAAGCUAUUGUAAGUAUAAACAUUUUAAGGAAGUGAAAACAUAAAUUACUUUAAAUUUUUUAUAUACUGUGGACUAUGAUUUAGAAGUUUAUGUAAAAUUCAAUUUUUGUGCCAUGUAUUUAAAUACGUCCACAUCUUGACAUUUGUAUUGAAAAUUUGUCAUUGUGUAAAGAAAUUUAAGGGAUCAUUUUAAUGAAUUCAGAAAUAUUGCUAAGGAAUAUUUUGAGGUAUGCCAUAAUAUCACACAAAGGUAUUGAAAUGUACAUAUUACUAGUCUUGUUUUAACAACACAGUUUUUAACUUCGAUGAUGUGGCAUAUCCAAAGAUAUGAAUUUGCUUUAAUGUAAAAAAUAUGGAUCCAUUAUUUUUUUAUAGUGAUUCUUAACAUUCCUGUUUUUUUGUAAGACUUGUAAAAGUUUGUAAAUAAUAUGAAGUUAGAUUUUGUUUCCUGUUACUGUUGAUUCUAAUAAAACAAGCUGUGAUAGAAUUCUUGACCAUGUUAAAAUUCAUUGUUUUAUAGAUAUUGUAAUAAAUUUUGUAUGUAACGUAAUAAAUUAGUCAGAAUAUUCUUCAUCGAGAGGGGAUAAUUAACAAAAAGGUUUAUUUUAUUUGGGAUUUUAGUUUUUCUCAAUUAUUCUGGAUACACUAACUAGUCAACUAAAUGAGAUUAACUGAGGUCUCCAUUAAACUUAAUGUAACGUCUUAGUACUUAAUAAUAGUACAAUAAAAUGUUUUUUUUUUUGAAA